AUGUCAUCCGAAGAGAGACAGUGGAUUUUUCUGUUGAAAGAUCUGAAGAACAAUCAUUUCACGGACGAUUCACUCCCCAUUACGUUUAACGAGACGAGAAAUGCUCUCCGUCGCAAGAAGACUUGGACGUGGCAUAGUUCCGAACCCCGAGAUCCUCUUCACAUUCACGAUUGGGGUCGCAUCCAGAAAUCACUUUUCGAACUCUAUCAGUGGAAAUUCAUGGCCCCAACAUUUGGAACAGGCCAAAAUUUUCGCUCCGAGUUCCACCAAAAGAUGAUACUUCCAUACGUAGAACACGAAGCAAGAUCAGUCAACCAGGGAUUCUUUGGGGAGGUGUCAAAAGUCAACAUUCAUCUAGCACAUGUCAAGCCUCCGGAAGGGACUAGGAUCACAGGAAACUCGGUGGCGAUUGCACUGAAGAAGGCGAACGACGAUCCUGGACUUCGCGAAUACUUUGACAAGGAGGCAUAUAAUCUCGAGGAACUGAGAAAAUACAAGUCGAACCACCUGAUCAAGCCCAUUGCGGCCUACGAACACGGAGAUGAUCGCUGCCUCCUUUUCCCCUGGGCAGAAGGGGGCAAUCUGGCGCAAUACUGGAGUCGUAACACUGGAAAAUCUUUGACCAGGGACGAGCACGCAUGGAUUUUCGGUCAACUCGCUGGCCUAUUCGGUGCCCUCGAAGAACUGCAUAAAAAAAAUUGCAGACACGGUGAUCUGAAGCCUGAGAAUAUCCUAUUGUUCAUCGAUAUGGCCGACAAAAAGACACUGCAAAUCGCCGACCUGGGACUAACUACGUUCCACGAUCAAGAUGCCGCGACCAGGAUCCGAAGAGCUAAGGAGAUCCUCACCUUGACGCCACCGGGAACAUCUCGGUAUGAACCCCCUGAGAUGGAUAAGGAUCGGGACAAGAAGAUACCCGCCCACGAGACUCGUUCAAGAGCCUAUGAUAUCUGGUCCAUGGGCUGUGUUGUCUUGGAGCUACUAAUAUGGCUUGCCCACCCCGAUGAUACCGUGGAAAUAUUCAGAAAGGGAACCGCGUACUUCUGGGAGCGAGCAGAAGGCAAAGAGAAGAAGUAUCGUGUUCAGUCCGAGACACGACGCCAAAUCAACGCUCUUUCUACGAAAUUGCCGGCGCGAUCAGUGUGGAGAGAACUUUUGACGCUUGUGGAAACCAGGCUUCUCGUCGUCAAGGUCUCGGAGAAUUCGAAUGUUAGCUCGCAUGACUGCCGCGAAACAGCGUCUGCAGCUCACAGGGAAAUGAGAAGAUUGCAGGCAAAGUAUUACCCUGUCACCAUGGACGGUAGACUGAGCCCAGGACGCGACUAUGAACGCAAUGGUAUAAAUCCUUCCUUGUCUUCUCAAGAAACCAAUCUUGACGAGUUUGAUGGACUGGUUGGCAUUGAGCGCAAGGCGACGGAAGAUCUGGAGCCAAACUCUACGCGAUCUCUGGCGAAGGGCAACGAUUUCGAGGUAAAUGCCAAACUUGAAGAAGAACAUAUCGACUUCUACCGUUUACCAAAAACCUUUCAGGAUGCCAUCACAGUCACUCGCGGCCUCGGAGUAGACUACAUUUGGAUCGACACUUUAUGUAUCAUCCAGAACGAUAUGGACGAUUGGGAGAACGAGUCAACAAAAAUGGAAGAGGUUUUCAGUGCGGCAUAUUGUACUAUCAGUGCAGCUUCUGCCAAAUCGUCACUAGAUGGCUUCCUGUCAGAUCGCCCGCCUAGACCAAGCGUCCAUCUGCGGUUCAACGGUUCUCCAGACCUGUAUGUGUGCCGAUACAUCGACGACUUCCAUCAAGAUGUCGAGCUGGCAGAGAUCAACAGGCGAGGCUGGGUCUUGCAGGAAAGAGCUUUAUCGAGACGUUCCAUCUAUUUUACUCCAAAGCAGGUCUACUGGGAAUGUGGCCAUGGAAUACGAUGUGAGACUCUGAGUCUCUUGUACAACUCGAAAGCUGCAUUUCUUGGGGACGCCAACUUCCCCAAGUCUGCUUUGGAUUAUUACAAAGAUGGGAGACAAUUACUUAUUCAAGAUUUGUAUGAGAGGUACUCUGCACUCGAAUUUACGGUGGCGUCCGACAGGGCCGUCGCAAUUCUUGGUCUCCAAACGAGGCUGGCGCGGGCACUAAAAACCAAAGCCGCCCACGGGUCCUUUGAGAAAUAUUUCGCCCGGAAUAUCCUCUGGAAACGCGCUCAAACAGCAGACAUGACAGCCAUUGCUCAGUCAACAUGGCUUGUUCCCACUUGGUCGUGGUUCUCCAAGAGCGGGAAAAUUCAGUACAUGCAGCUCGCGUUCGACAAGAUUGAUUGGGCCAAUGGAGAUUUCGAAAGCCCUUUCUCCCGCCAUCCCGAUAUGUUGUCCGGCGGUUCAUAUUUUGGUCGCGAUAAGAAACAUACUAUCCUGCGGGGUGUUGCCAGACGCAUGGACAUGAGCGAAGAGCAAAUCGCGUCGCAAAUUGUUUUUGACAAGAAGAACGAGCGCAAAGCCGAGGACUUGCGGGUUGUCAUCAUCGGUCGUGACAAGGAAGGCCUCGACGCGAGAGCCCACGUUCUUGUCAUCUGCAAAAGCCAAAACGAUUCUCAGCAUGAUCGGUAUGAAAGGGUCGGGGUUGCAUCCCUUUUAGAGAAGCAAGUUUCGGAGGAAGGCCUGAGGGUUGACAUUGGGUAA